CGCCAUGGUGUUCCAGUGCCAGCGGGACAGCUGGGCCCGGCAGUUCGCCACCAGGGUGGUGUCGUGCCGGGCGGCGGAGCUGCGGCCCGAGGGCGGCGGGGAGCCGGUGCGCGGGUUCCAGGUGGUGCUGGAGGACACCAUCCUCUUCCCCGAGGGCGGCGGGCAGCCGGACGACCGCGGCCUCAUCGGCGAUGUGCCGGUGCUGCGCGUCACCCGGCGGGGCCCCGAGGCCGUCCACUUCGUGCAGGAGGCGCUGGAACCGGGCGCCGAGGUGCUGCUGUCGCUGGACUGGGACCGCCGCUUCGACCACAUGCAGCAGCAUUCAGGACAGCAUCUCAUCACUGCCAUCGCAGAACAUAUGUUUGGAUUCAAGACAACUUCAUGGGAGCUGGGCCGUCAGCGAAGUGUCAUUGAGCUGGACACCCCCUCCAUGACAGCAGAGCAAAUAGAGGCCCUGGAGAGGAGUGUGAAUGAGAAAAUCCGGGAGAGGGUACCUGUGGUGGUAAGGGAACUGGCUGCAGAUGACCCUGAAAUUGAAAGAGUGAGAAGCCGUGGUUUGCCAGAUGACCACGCGGGGCCAGUGCGAGUUGUUGACAUCGAAGGCAUAGACUCCAACAUGUGCUGUGGGACGCAUGUGUCCAACCUGAGUGACUUGCAGGUUAUUAAACUCCUUGGCACAGAAAAAGGGAAAAAGAACAAAACCAACUUGGUUUUCCUGGCAGGAAACAGAGUGCUGAAGUCAAUUGAACAAAGUCACAGUACUGAGAAGGCUCUAACGUCACUGCUCAAAAAUGGACCAGGUGAGCACAUAGAGGCUGUGAAGAGACUGCAGAGUUCUGUGAAACUGCUUCAGAAGAAUAACUUGAACCUGCUUAGAGACAUUGCUGUUUUGAUAGCCCGGGACUUCAAGAGCAAACCUGUUCAAAGUCAGCUGUUCGUGUUACACAGGAAAGAGGGUGACUCUGAAUUUAUGAAUAUCAUCGCUAAUGAGAUUGGAUCAGAGGAAACCCUGCUGUUCCUGACUGUGGGAGAUGAAAAAGAAGCAGGACUCUUUCUUCUAGCUGGACCUGUUGAAGCAGUUGAGAAUUUAGGUCCCAGGGUGGCAGAGCUGCUGGGAGGCAAAGGAGCUGGGAAGCGAGGCCGCUUUCAGGGCAAGGCAACCAAGAUGAGUCAGCGAGGAGAAGUGCAAGCUCUGCUCCAGGAAUUCAUCAGCCGUCGAAGCCCUGAAGCAUAAGAAACAGUGCUCAAAGUAGGGUUGUCUUCCCUGCUUUGCAUAAGCUCCACUAACUUCUCUUCCAGAGAAUAAAGACAUAAAAA